GGCGCUGCUGUGCUGCCAUUUUGUAAAUUAAAGAUAUCAUUCUUUAAAUCUUUUUUGUUUUGUUUUGUGUUAUGAUUUAAAAAUUUAAAUGAAAAUGGCCGUUGUUAUUGUAAACUUAGUAAGGGUGAUGUAUGGUUUAAGAACAUUUACUUUUGUGUAAAGUUUAAGUGUGACAUUUAUAGAGAAAUCAUUGGUUUAUAACAAAAUAUGAAAUGUUUUUCUGAUGCUAUGUAGAAGUGCCAUAUUUCUCAGCCAUGCCCCCUGACUGGUUGACAAGAGUUUCCGUCAGAGUCAGUUCACAUGGACGCUUAAUUAUACCACCAUUACACUAUUGGAAAGGUGAAAGCAUUCGUGACCUACAUCAGUGCUACAGGAUAAACACGCAUGAUGAGUUUUGUUGCAGCGGUUUUGAAUUAGAUGGGGCUAAGGUACUAAACAAAUUUGUGGCAACUGAAUCAAUACAAAAUGAAAUUGAUGUGAAGAAUGAGCAGUUUAUGAGUUCAAUGCCUGAGUCCCAAUGUGAACGAAAAAGAAAUGGUCAGCAUUGGUCUUUGCCGGAGAGAUCUGUCAAAAACGUUUUAAAAGAACGGCAGAGUGAAAAUAAAGUGAUGAAUGUUCACUUUAAAACAAGGUUUGACAGACAAGAAUUUGAAGCAGUCCCACCUAAAAAAAAAGUAAAAACUGCGGAAACAAUGUUGGAUACACGGUCAGUUGAAAACAAGUGUCUUAGAAAUGACAGUUAUGAAAAAACUUCAAACAAGGAUCAUACAAUCACCAGAUCCAUCCACAGAAACUUUAAAAGUGAGAGACAUUCGUGCAUAAAAAAUUGCAACUUUUAUUUGGACAAAAACAUGCAGUAUUGUGCAGUUUGCAGUGACAAAAGAAAUUUGGGGAAAAGGACUUCUGGCAGAAAUCAUUGUGAUGUAAUUAAGAAAGACAAAUUUCUGAAGAUGUACCCAAACUUGUUGGAUCUCAGGGUGAAGCUGGUUGACCUGAGGCACUGGCAGUGCGGCAAGUUGCUGUCUCUGGGGAGGUUUCCCGAACAUCCGAGCCAGGGAAUUGGUGAGAGAGUGCGUGGUGGUGUGAACAGUUGUGGGUACUGGUUGCGACAGGUGAAGUUCACCAUCCCCCCGGCCCUUAUCCCGGCGAGACGACUGCUUCAGCAGCAAAGAGAGAAAAUCUCAAGCCCGGGGAGUUUUGUAUCGCAGCAAAUUGCGGCAGCAAAUCCUGAUUCCGGUGCGAGGAAGGCAGCGUGUAUGAGGAAAACUGCCUCUGAAAACAGUUGCUCUGAAGACUUGCUGCGGUUGCGGAUUCGUGACAGUAGAGUGAUUUUGUCGCCUCUUUCAAGUAAAGAUUUGAAGUUGUUACAAAGAGGUGAAUUGCAGCCAAGGACGGUGAAGGAUUCCAGAUUAAACAAAAUGGGGACGAAAAUGGUCUACAAUGGACAUAAAUUAAAGAGACGAAGUGCUCGCUCACCAUCUCCAACUACAAAAAGAAUAAGAGAAAAUUUGUUUUGCAGCAAGCAGAAGGAAAAAGUAAGCAGUCCAGCCAACUGUAGUAAGAUGGCACGAAAAUCCAAGCUUGUCCAAGGCAUUAUAACACCUACGAAGAAACAGCCACUGUCUGCCUACAGCCUUUCACAAAGGAAGAAAAAUGGUUGUGCCCGGAAGAAAAAUCAGAGGAGAGGUAAAUGCAGAGGUGGUUCAUCCGACCUGUUCGAAGACCCAUUAUAUGCAUGUUUACUGAGCAGCUCUGAGUCUGAAUAUUCCAUCAACUUGGAUAAUGGCCAAAUAUGUUAUAGUGAAAAACAGUCAACGCCAUUGUCCAAGUAUUUGGAUGUUCGAGAUGAGUCUACGGAUAGGGUUUCUGUGAAUUCAACGCCAUCCAGAUUCCAUUCCAAGGCGGAGCUGAAGCAGCACGUCAGCAAGGUGAGGAGAAGGCGGGCAGAGAAGCUGAAGGUAAAUCAUCAUAAAACUAGGAAAGAGCCAGAGAAGUGCUUCUCGAGUGUGGACAAAGUGGAAAGUGUGGAGGAGCUGUCUGCAUUUGAGCAGUUGAAGAGAGCACUCGGUUUGAUGGACAAGGUGCAGAAAAAAAUAUGUGAGGAUGGGUAUUUGGAGGAAGAGCGCUAUUUUGGCGACUCCGACGAUUGACACAUUUAUUCCUUCCGCUAUCUUGUCUUUGCCUCAUCAAAGUAUGUUGAGAUGUGAUAAGUUGGUGUUCUUCUAAUGGGGAUAGUGUUAAAGUCUUGAACUGUACCAAGGAAAUGCUGUUAAGAAAUGGGUAGUAAUGCUGUUACCGAUAAUUGGGGUCAGGGCUGUAACUUUUACCAUGAGUUAAAAUAUUUCUAAUUAA